AUGGAAGACGUGCAGGAAGCUCCGGUGGUGGCGGGUUGCUUUGGCAAGCUGCAGCAUUAUGUGGACAAGACCACUGUGUGGACGAAGUCAAGGUGGUUCGCGUUGUCUCUGUGCCUACUGAUUUACGGCAUCAGGGUCUUCCUGAUCCAGGGUUUCUACAUUGUGUCGUAUGGCCUGGGCAUCUACCUCCUGAACUUGCUUAUCGGGUUCCUUUCUCCUGCGGUGGAUCCGGAGAUUGAGGAGGUUCUGCCGACCACGGAGUCUGAGGAGUUUCGACCCUUCACGCGCAAGCUCCCGGAGUUCAAAUUCUGGUUCGCAGCCAUCCGUGCGGUCCUAGUAGCGACGGUCCUGACUUUCCUGCCGGCCUUCGACCUCCCAGUCUUCUGGCCGAUUCUCCUCGCGUACUUCAUUGUGCUUGUGGUGCUGACAAUGAAAGAUCGUGUCAGGCACAUGUUCAAGUACAAGUACGUGCCUUUCUCGAUGGGCAAGCAGACGUACGGAGAGUGCGCCAAGGUGGAGGUGCCGAAAGGUAAGGAGGACAAAUGA